GAGCGGCGCAUCCUGGGCGCGGAGCGCGGGCGGGCGCGGGGCACGCCGGGGGAUGCAGUCCCGGCGUGCGGUGCCGGCAGCCGCCGGGCCCUGAGCGGAGGCCGGGACGGCGAUGAGCGCCGCCGCCGCCAAGACUGGGGGGCAAAGUCCUUUCCUCAUUGGUUUUAAGAGAGAAGCCUUUCCCCAUACCAGUUGAGUUAAAAGGGAAACACAGAGGUUGUUUGUAUUUCGUGGAGAGGACUGCACACACUUGCCAUGGCAUCUGAAAAGCCAAUACUUUACAGCUAUUUCCGAAGUUCCUGUUCUUGGAGAGUGCGAAUCGCACUGGCUCUGAAAGGAAUUUCCUAUGACCUGGUCCCAGUGAACCUCAUUAAGGAUGGAGGACAGCAGUUUUCUGCUGAAUUCAAGGCAGUGAAUCCCAUGCAGCAAGUCCCAGCCUUGAAAAUUGAUGGCAUCACCCUUUCUCAGUCACUAGCUAUAAUUAAUUACCUAGAAGAGACACAUCCUAACCCCAGGCUCCUGCCUCAAGAUCCAAAGAAGAGAGCCCAAGCCAGAAUGAUCGCUGAUCACAUUGUCUCUGGCAUUCAGCCACUCCAGAACCUGAGUGUCCUGAAACAAAUGGGGGAGAAAAAAAUGGAAUGGGCUCAGAACUGUAUCAUGUCUGGCUUUCAAGCCCUGGAGCAGAUUCUGCAGCACACUGCUGGACGCUACUGUGUGGGGGAUGAAGUUUCCAUGGCUGAUCUGUGUUUAGUGCCUCAAGUUGCCAAUGCUGAAAGAUUCAAAGUGGAUAUGGGUCCAUAUCCCACAAUAACCAGAAUAAAUAAAGCUCUCUUGGAGUUAGAGGCCUUCAAAAUAAGCCACCCUUCCCGGCAGCCAGAUACUCCUGCAGAGCUGCGAGCUUGAAGCCCUUCUACUCAUUAAAUCUAGAAAGCUGCCAUGAUAAAGAAGACAACACCUACAGGCUGAGCAGGACUUUAGUGCCAGUAGGAAACCCCAGUUACCCUUUCAUCUGGGUGGGAAGGACAGAGGACCUGGAAAUAGUGUGGAUGACUUACAGGAGCUAUGCCUGUGCUGGAAUACCUGCAGCUACUAGUUUUUUCUAUGCAGUCUAUCUCCAUGAAGCAGAUUAAAGCAGAAGUAUCCAUAAUGA